AUGAGGCCUUCUCUGCAGGCAGUGGCACUUUGGGGAAAGAAGGCCCCUCCCCACAGCAUCACUGCCAUCAUGAUCACCGAUGACCAGCAAAUGAUUGUGACUGGCAGUCAAGAGGGUCAGCUCUGUCUCUGGAAUCUCUCACCUGAGCUAAAGAUCUCAGCAAAAGAACUCCUGUUUGGUCAUUCAGCUUCCGUAACAUGUCUGGCAAGAGCAAGGGACUUCUCUAAACAACCCUAUGUUGUUAGCGCCACUGAAAAUGGGGAGAUGUGUGUUUGGAAUGUCACCAAUGGACAGUGCGUGGAGAAGGCCACACUUCCUUACAGACACACUGCGAUCUGUUAUUACCACUGCUCAUUCCGGAUGACGGGAGAAGGUUGGCUUCUCUGUUGUGGAGAAUAUCAAGAUGUCCUUAUAAUUGAUGCCAAAACUUUGGCCGUUGUUCACGCUUUCACAUCAUCUCAGUCUCCCGAUUGGAUCAACUGUAUGUGUAUCGUCCACUCCAUGAGAAUUCAAGAAGAUUCUCUCCUGGUGGUAUCCGUAGCUGGUGAGCUCAAAGUAUGGGAUCUCUCCUCAUCUAUCAACAGCAUUCAGGAAAAGCAGGAUAUCUAUGAAAAAGAAUCCAAGCUUCUCAAGUCCUUGAACUGCCAGACAAUACGAUUUUGCACGUACACUGAGAGACUUCUGUUGGUGGUAUUUUCUAAAUGUUGGAAGGUUUAUGAUUACUGUGAUUUUUCCCUUCUGCUGAUGGAAGUCAGUAGACACGGGCAGCUCUUUGCUGGUGGAGAGGUGAUUGCUGCCCACAGAAUCCUCAUCUGGACAGAAGAUGGUCACAGUUACAUCUAUCAGCUGCUGAACAGUGGGCUUUCAAAGAGUAUACACCCUGCUGAUGGAGGAGCGCUUAAAGAGACCAUUUAUCCUCAUUUACUGUGCUCUACUUCUGGGCAGGAAAAUAAGCAGAGCGGUCCCUUCGUUAUGGGAUACAUGAAUGAAAGGAAAGAGCCUUUUUAUAAGGUACUUUUCUCUGGAGAAGUCUCAGGAAGAAUUACUUUGUGGCACAUCCCAGAUGUUCCGGUAUCCAAGUUUGAUGGUUCUCCUAGAGAAAUACCAAUAACUACCACCUGGACUCUUCAAGAUAAUUUCGAUAAGCAUCAGACAAUGUCACAAAGUAUUAUUGACCAUUUCUCUGGGCUUAGAGAUGGGGCCGGAACUGCUGUAGUCACUUCAUCAGAGUAUGUCCCGAGUCUUGAUAAACUAAUAUGUGGCUGUGAAGAUGGGACAAUUAUCAUUACACAGGCCUUGAAUGCUGUGAAAGCAGGACUUCUAGAAGGCGAUUCUUUAUUAAAAGAUUCCUCCCCCCACAAAGUUCUUAAAGGACAUCACCAAAGUGUUACUUCACUACUUUACCCACAUGGUCUCUCUUCAAAAUUAGACCAAAGUUGGAUGGUGUCUGGGGAUCAAGACUCGUGUGUUAUCUGGUGGGAUAUCUUUACUGAAGAAAUUCUGCAUAAAUUCUUUUUGGAAGCUGGUCCAGUGACAAGUCUUUUGAUGUCACCAGAGAAGUUCAGACUAAGGGGCGAUCAAAUCAUUUGCUGUGUGUGCAGUGACCACUCUGUGGCUCUCCUUCACCUUGAGGGGAAGAGGUGUCUCCUGCGGGCCCGGAAGCACCUUUUCCCUGUAAGGAUGAUAAAAUGGCACCCCGUUGAGAAUUUUUUAAUCGUUGGCUGUGCAGAUGACUCUGUCUACAUCUGGGAAAUUGAAACAGGCACUUUAGAAAGGCAUGAGACAGGAGAAAGAGCUCGAAUUAUUCUUAAUUGUUGUGAAGAUUCACAGCUUCUAAAGCCCGAGCUGGUACUUCCAGCGGCCUCAGAGACACAUAGACACAAAAGUGUAGAACAGAGAUCGUCCAGCUCCUAUCAGCUUGGGCCAGUACCUUCCCCUGGACUGCAGGUGGAGUCUUCAUGCAAGGUUGUGGAUAAUGAGUCUUUCCCAAGGCCUUUUAAAGUCCUGCCUGUGAAGACACAAUGGAGCUACGUUGGCUUCCAUAUCCUUCUGUUUGAUCUGGAAAACCUCGUUGAACUUCUGCUGCCGCCCCCCCUCAGGGAUAGUGACCCUUCCAGUUCUUUCUAUGGGAGUGAGAUCCUGAGAAGAGCCAAGAGCACCGUAGAGAAGACAAUGACACUGAAAAAAAGUAGAAGUGCCUGUGGUCCUCUCUCAGCAGAGGCACAAGCCAAGCCUGUGAGUGAAAGCCUGGCCCACGGAGAUAAUACCAACAAGUUCGCAGAAGAAAAUGAUGGCAUUAGAAGACAGAAGAAAAUGAAGAGCUCCAAAAAGAUGCACCUUAAACCACCCAGAAAAGUUGAUGCCAACCUCACAAUAGACACAGCUAAACUGUUUUUAUCUUGUCUCUUACCAUGGGGAGUGGAUGAAGAAUUAGACUAUCUUUGCAUGAAGCAUCUCAAUAUUUUAAAGCUUCAGGGUCCCGUUUCUCUAGGACUUGCUUCAAACGAGGACCACUUCUCACUGAUGUUGCCGGGUUGGGAUUUAUGCAAUACUGAAUUGGAAAGAGACGAUUCAAGAGUAAAUUUAUUUUCUGGAAAAGUUUUGGACUUGUCAAGUAAAUACAUAGCUACUCUUCCAAAUCAGCUUGUAAUUCCAAGAGGACUGGAAAAUAAUUGUGAUUCUUUGCAGGAGUCAAAUAUCAUAGUUUAUUUAUUGAGCAGACUAUUUUUAGUUAAUAAAUUAGUUAACACGCCUUUGGAAUUGGCCCAUGGAAUUGACAGUUCCUUCAAAAUGGAAUCUGUACAUUAUAAGGCGAAAAGUCCUGGGAAUGAUAUUUUGAAUAUCUCAAGCAUCUAUGGUUACUUAAGAAAUGGUAAGAAUGAACCGCAUGUACCGGAGGCUGAUCUUUCCCUUUUGAAGCUCAUUUCUUGUUGGAGAGACCAAUCUGUGCAGGUAACUGAAGCAAUACAAGCUGUUCUCUUGGCGGAAGUUCAACAGCACAUGAAGACUUUGAGGAAGACAUCAACAAACAGUCAGCCAGUGCCUGGUGUCUCUGCUGUGGCAGAGAAUGGUAACCGUGAGGUGUUGCAGAUGCUGCCAAAGGCGGAAUGGGCGGAGGAAAUAGAGUUACAGCAUAUGAGAAACACUUUGCCUCUUCAGACUCCCGUCAGUCCAGUCAACCAUGACAGCAACUCAAACUCGGCAAACUUCCAAGAUGCGGAGGCCGUGCCUGACAGAUGGGACUGGGAAGAGUCUGAGAGUCCAGGUGAGCCAAGACAUCAUUUAUGGUUAGCAAAGGUGUGCCCCUGCAAGGUGUGCUAA